ACUUGUAUUUUUUCUACUUCCACUGUGCGUGCGUCCUUUGACUAAUUGAUUUCAUAACUAGUAUCUGGCAACACGUGAUUCCAGCUCAGGUCCAAACGCCGAGGCGAAGCGCGCGUUAUUAAUCCAGCGAGAGCGUUCGCUGAGAUGCUGCCUUCAGGGACUGUUGGGAAUUUGCGGUGGCGCGUGUGAGGUCGGAGAAUCAUUCACGGCGGGAUUUCGCAGUGACCCUGGCGUCUUCGUGAGCUCCACGGCAGCGCGGUCAGGUCGCGGAGCGUUGACUCGGCGAUGCUAUUGGGGCGCAGUAAGUGGCGGAGGUGACCUGAAAGCAAAUGGCCAUGAAGAGUCCGAAGAAGGCCGACGGACGGAACCCGUUUCUAGGGGCCGGUUGUUUGUCCAGACUCUUUCUUUGCUGGCUGAGCCCACUGAUGCAUCUUGGACGCAAAAGGAGGCUGGAGCAAAGUGAUAUGUACGCUCUUCUUCCGGCAGAUGGAUCUGGGAAUUUGGGAACCACCCUGCAGAGAUUAUGGGAGAAGGAAGUGGAGAAUGCAGCCAAAGAAGAGCGAAAGCCAAAGCUGACACGAGUCCUGGUCAGGUGUUUUGGCCGAGCGUACGCAGUGGCCGGAGUCUUCGCCUUCUCACUGGAGGCGCUAAAAGUCGUCCAGCCGCUCCUCCUGGGAAAAAUCAUCCUGUACUUUGAAAAUUACGACCCGGGUGACAGUUCCAGCCUCUACGCCACGUAUUGUUACGCGGCCGCUAUGUGUGUGUCCACCUUUGCUCUGACCAUCCUCCAACACCUCUACUACUACUAUGGACAACGGACAGGCAUGAGAGCCCGGGUGGCCAUGUGUCACAUGAUCUACAGAAAGGCUCUGUCGCUGAGUGCGGAGUCGAUGGGACGAACCACCACGGGACAAAUCGUCAACCUUCUCUCCAAUGACGUCAACCGCUUCGAUGAGAUCAUGCUCAACAUGCACUACCUGUGGGUGGGACCACUUCAGACCCUGGCCAUCCUCGUCCUUCUGUGGUACAUGAUCGGACCCUCCUGCUUGGCUGGAAUGGCUGUCGUCGCGCUCAUGAUUCCGCUGCAGACCUGCUUUGGAAAGCUGUUUGGGAUCUUCAGGAGUAAAACUGCGGUCAUCACAGACAACAGGAUUCGCAUCAUGAAUGAGGUGGUGUCUGGAAUCAAGAUUAUCAAGAUGUACGCGUGGGAAAGGCCUUUUGCCGCCCUGGUGACGGAGGUCAGAAGGAAAGAGAUCAGUGAAAUCAUGAAGAGCUCGUAUCUGCGAGGGCUCAACAUGGCUUCCUUCUUCGCCGGGAGCAAGGUCAUCCUCUUUGUUACGUUUGCUGUCUACACUCUCCUGGGCAACGGCAUCACGGCCAGCAAUGUUUUCGUCACCGUUUCCCUGUACGGAACCAUCAAAGUCACAGUCACCUUGUUCUUCCCACUUGCCAUUGAGAAGCUGUCGGAGACGAUGGUCAGCGUUCGCAGGAUCAAAAAUUUCCUGCUCCUAGAAGAGACUUGCGGAAGGAAGGCCAGCGUGCAGCUCACAGAAGACAAGGAAAACGCCAUCGAGUUGGACAAUGUGACCUGCUACUGGGAUGCGAGUUUAGAUGCUCCAUCUCUGCAAAGUGUCUCGCUCACCGUGACGUCUCAUCAACUCCUGACGGUGGUUGGGCCGGUGGGAGCAGGGAAGUCGUCGCUGCUUAGCGCCAUCCUGGGGGAGCUGUCUCGCGAGGCCGGGACCUUGAAAGUCAGAGGGAGAAUUGCUUAUGCCUCUCAGCAGCCCUGGCUGUUCCCCGGAUCCAUCCGGAGCAACAUACUCUUCGGCAGAGAGCUGGACCCAAAGAGAUACAAGCAGGUCCUCAAAGCUUGUGCCCUGACAAAGGACUUGGAGCUGCUACCGGAUGGAGACCUGACGCUUAUUGGUGACAAGGGUGGCACACUCAGUGGGGGACAGAAGGCUCGAGUCAAUCUCGCCAGAGCUGUGUACGACCUGGCGGACAUCUACCUGCUGGAUGACCCUCUAAGCGCCGUGGACACUGAAGUUGGAAAACACAUUUUUGAACAGUGCAUCAGUGGCCUCUUGAAGAACAAGUGCCGUGUGCUGGUCACCCACCAGUUGCAGAAUCUGAAGCCAUCAGACCAGAUUCUGGUUCUUAAGGAGGGUCAUGUGACGGGCCUGCAUGCCCUCAGCGAGCUGCAGUCCUCCGGCAUAGAUCUCUUGCCUCCCCUGAAGAACGAGGAUCAUGAGCGGUGGGGUCGAAUGGCCGACAUGGACCGUGUGUCGCUGGUCAGCCAGCGGACCUCUCAGUCCCAGUGCUCUUAUAUCAGUCUGCUGCCACCAGAGGGCUCCUACUCGGAACACCUCCCUAUGGAAACGCUGCGAUCCAUGGCAGAGGAGACUCGUGAGGCUGGGAACGUGGGCUUCCACAUUUACGUCAAGUAUUUCACAGCAGGCUGCUAUCCACUGGUCCUGAUGAUGAUUGUCCUGCUCAGUGUGGUCGCUGAGGUGGCGUACAUUUUGCAGGACUGGUGGCUGGUUUACUGGGCCAGAGAAGAAAUGCAUGACAACUCCUCGGUCGCUCUACAGACUAUCAGCAAUAACAACAUCACCCUCCGCUCAGGCCCCGAAGUCUCGCUCAGCUUUUACUUGAGCAUUUAUGCAGGUUUGACAUUAGCCGCCGUGGUCUUCGGUUUUAUCCGCAGUCUCUUGAUAUUUCAUGGGUUGGUGAGGUCCUCUCAGAAUCUCCACAACAAGAUGUUCAGCAGCGUCCUGCGCACGCCGGUUCGCUUCUUCGACGUCAACCCCAUCGGGAGAAUCCUCAACAGGUUCUCCAAGGACAUCGGCCAAAUCGACUCCAUGUUGCCCAUCACGUUUGUGGACUUUUACCAACUGUUCCUGCAGAACGUUGGUGUGAUUGCUGUGGCGGCGUCAGUCAUCCCCCUCAUUCUCAUCCCGAUCGUUCCUCUGCUUUGUGUCUUUCUUUACCUACGCCGUUUCUACCUCUCUACAUCACGAGAAAUUAAGCGCCUGGAGUCCACAACUCGAAGUCCAGUUUUCUCCCACCUGUCGUCCUCUCUGCAAGGGCUGUGGACCAUCCGAGCGUUUGGGGCUCAGCAGCGGUUACAGAGAGACUUUGACGCGUAUCAGGACGCACACUCAGAGGUGUGGUUCCUCUUCCUGAUGACUUCACGGUGGUUCGCGCUUCGUCUUGACACCAUUUGCUCCAUAUUUAUCACCAUAGCAACACUGGGCUGCAUCAUAUUCCGGGACGGUCUGGAGGCUGGAGAGGUGGGGCUGGUGCUGACUUAUGCUGUGACACUGGUGGGAAACUUUCAGUGGACAGUGAGACAAAGUGCAGAGAUGGAGAACAUAAUGACCUCAGUGGAGCGGGUGGUGGAAUAUACCACUCUGAAGAGCGAGGCCCCGUGGCGAACCCACAUACGUCCGCCACCUCAGUGGCCAGCUCAAGGCGCUGUCACGUUCAACCAGGUGAAUUUCUCCUACAGUCGUGAUGAACCUCUGAUACUCAAGGGCAUAAACGCCACGAUCAAAGCCAAGGAGAAGGUCGGGAUUGUGGGUCGGACCGGGGCGGGGAAAAGUUCGCUCAUCGCUGCGUUGUUCCGACUGGCCGAACCUCAGGGGAGCAUCUACAUCGACGGAGUUCUCACAUCUGAGAUCGGCCUCCAUGACCUGCGGCAGAAGAUGUCCAUCAUUCCUCAGGAUCCAGUUCUGUUUACCGACACAGUGAGGAAGAACCUGGACCCAUUCAACCAGCUCAAAGAUGAAGACCUGUGGAGGGCCUUGGAGGAGGCGAGAACAUGGAGCCCAUUUGACAUGGAACUGGAGCGCGAGAACGAAGCCCUUGUGCUUUUGUUGCAGGUCCAGCUCAGGAACGUGGUGGAGGAGCUCCCUGGGAAGCUGGAAACAGUUCUGGCCGAGUCCGGCACCAACUUCAGCGUGGGCCAGAGGCAGCUGGUGUGUUUGGCCAGAGCGGUCCUGAGGAAGAACCGCAUCCUCAUCAUCGACGAAGCCACGGCAAACGUGGAUCCCAGGACGGACGAGCUGAUCCAGGAAACCAUCAGAGAUAAAUUCCGGGACUGCACCGUGUUCACGAUAGCUCAUCGCCUCAACACCAUCAUAGACAGCGACCGCAUCCUGGUGCUGGAUAACGGGGGAAUCGUGGAAUUGGACCAGCCACACCAUCUGCUGCAGAACAGAGAGGGCGCCUUCUACAAACUGGUGCAGCAGCUGGGGCCAGUGGAGGCAGCCGCUCUCAUGGAGUCAGCCAAGCGGGCGAGUGGUGUAACGCCAAGUAGUGAUGGAGUCUGAUCCUCACAGAGAAGGACAGGACUGCGGCGUCCACCCAUCACCAGUGUUGACACUCCAGGACACAGAGCUGAGGAAAACUUCCGCGUCGGGAGCAGCCUGAAGGGCCUGCUUUCAAUUAUCACGACUCUGGUAUCUGCUCUGCAUUCCAGAGGAACUUUACUGGAAAAUGAACCAGCCCACAACCACCUGAGGGCGAGUGUGAGCUCACGCCUGUCUUCCCCUGUUUUUUUUGUUUGUUUGUUGGCUCGGUCCAACACUGUGAAUUUGUGAAUUAAAAAAACCAAAAAAAAAA